AUGAUUGACCAACUCGUGCACUCGGAGAUGGAUCUCUGUGAGAUGUUGAACAUGAUGAAGCUCGCUGAGCAGCAAUAUGUCGUGAAAAGCACGCAAAGAGACCAAGCAUCAAGUCCACAGGUCGACAACGGAGACACUGCCAUGACCGACGAUCACCAAUCCGAUACAGCGUCAGAGUACUCAACGUCAAGCUCUCAAUCCACCACCGUCGAAUUCUUCGGCUGCGCGUUCCUCCAGGCCGUACAAGCUCAAAUGGAUACCUUCCCAGACUCAGGCAGCCAGUAUCUCGAAACCAUAUUCGCCCAUCGCGAAAUCUUCAUGUCCCUUCCGACCGCGCACCCGCAAUGUUCGCGAGGCUUCAGUGAUAUGGCGUAUACUUUAGAGCAGCAGGCUUGGAAAGAAGAACGGGCUGCGGAUAAUGUUGCUGUUGCGGCGUUUCGCCAUGAAGCAUGGUCGAUUGCAGCAUCUUUGAGAGAUGUCUCGUCCCAACAGUUGCUUCAGGGCAACAAGACUCGCCCUCAGUCAGGCUCGGUAUGCCACAUGGCUCCGAUGUAA